GAGCCGCAGGCCCGAGGCCGGAGCAGCUGGGGCAGGGGGUGGUCUGCGGAGAGGGAGGCCGGAGGCUGACAGGAAGUUGGGUUAAGCUGAGGGGGACUCUUGACAGAAGAAAAGGAAAGACAGCUGGAGAUUCGCGGAAAAGCGGAUCGGAGCGGGGAAGGUGAUCGGAUGGGGGCUCCGGCAAAAGCAACAACAAUCAAAGAAGCCCUGUCCAGAUGGGAAGAGAAGACUGGUCAGAGGCCAUCUGAGGCCAAAGAGAUAAAGCUGUAUGCCCAGAUCCCCCCAAUAGAGAAGAUGGAUGCAUCUCUAUCCACACUUGGUAACUGCGAGAAGCUUUCCUUGUCUACAAACUGCAUUGAAAAAAUUGCCAACCUGAACGGCUUGAAAAACUUGAGGAUUUUGUCCUUAGGAAGAAACAACAUCAAGAACCUCAAUGGACUGGAAGCAGUAGGCGACACAUUAGAAGAACUGUGGAUCUCCUACAAUUUUAUCGAGAAGUUGAAAGGGAUCCAUGUAAUGAAGAAACUAAAGAUCCUCUACAUGUCUAAUAACUUGGUAAAAGACUGGGCGGAGUUUGUGAAGCUGGCGGAACUGCCGUGCCUGGAAGACCUGGUGUUCGUGGGCAAUCCCCUGGAGGAGAAGCACUCUGCUGAGGGUAACUGGAUCGAUGAAGCGACCAAGAGAGUCCCGAAGCUGAAAAAGCUGGAUGGUACUCCAGUAAUUAAGGAGGAUGAGGAAGAGGAAAGCUGAGGCCGUACUUUACACUUUGUAUUAAUUUAUUUAAAUGUUAUGAGAAUAAUAGAUCUGUUUGUAUGAUUGUCUAUUUUAAAGAUUUUGUGAGGGUGGAGUUCUGAAGACAAAACACCUCUCUCACUUCCAUCCUUUAAAACCCUUUCAGUGUUUCUCCCUCACACCAUCAGCACCGACUCUAGUCCAGCCCACUUUUGGAAACUACCGAUCUCCUGGUUUUGUCCAGUUAUGGACCACAUCACCUGUCUCCUAAAAUGUACAUACCAGUCCUUUUAAGAGCAGAGGGACCUGUUGUCUGUACUCAGUUGCUUGGUGGUUUCUUUAGGCCAGGCAUGUUAAAGGUAUACUUUCAAGUCUGUAAAGAUUCAUGUCCUUAUAACUCAGAAGCACAAAUGCAUCCCCCCCCCCCCCACACACACACACCUGCCGGCUCAGAAGGCAGUAUGGUGAUGGGAAGCAUUCCUGUUACGUACAGCUGUACCUAGAGCCCAAAGUCUGCUUGGAGACACUGGGGAAGAAAGGGAGACCGGCUGGCUUGGAGUCUCCUUAGCCCCUGUUAUAGUUACGUCUCUUCCAGAUAUGUGUGCGGUCAGCUGGGAUUUAGGUGUGCUGCCUGGAUGUCACUAUGUACAACCAGACACCCCAUGAUCCCCACCAGGGACUAAGGCACCUGGCAUGAUCUCUCCUUUGAUAGUAAUGUGGCCGCAUUAACUCUUGGGGACCUUGCCUUAUGCAAAUUUUUUAAAAAUAAUCUCUUGAAUCUUUAAAGCAGUAGUCGAUAGUUCUAAGUAUCUACCAUUGAGAUUUUAAAAUUUUUUUCCCUAAUGAUUUAGCCCAGUGCCCUUUGCUUUAUGGCUAUGAGGGUACAGACUUGAAGACUGAAUUUGGUACCUCUAAAUAAAUGAAAUAGUUUUUCAAGAUAUAUUUUUGAGAAGACGUAAGUUAAGCAGCUCUUAAAGUGUAUCAUGUAAGUGGCAUAGAGGGAAGAGAGAGAUGUGGGAUGGAUCCCAGGCAGAUGACAGUAUGCUGGAGAUUGUCUCUUGUGGGACACUGGAGGUGUCUUAACCUCCGAUCUGCAAAGCAAUAGUUAGGUGUGGAGAUGAUAAUUCAUCAUGUAAGAAAAAUAUCCUGAAAACUGUAAAACAUCAACACCAGACAAAGUCUCCAGUGGGCUGUGAUGGAAGCAUUGUCCACAGAGAAGAAGUCAGGCCCCCCUGCCGAAUUGUGCCUAAAGUCUCAACAGAGGCCACUGAUUCUUGUUCCCACGCCAUGGGAGUCCACCUGUAAGCAAUUACGGUGAAAGAGGGGGAGUCGCUCUUUGUAAUGAUUGCCUAAGUAGGCUUGAUUUGGGAGAUUAAACGGCCAUCAUUUCAGUGAGAAUGACUUUAUUCCUCUAAGAGUCAAACUGAUCAAAAGGGACCAGUGCUUUGACAAUCAACUCUAAAUCCAAACAAGAAUGCCGAGUCUUGGGCUGGAGACACAGCUCAGAGGCUGCCAGCUCUUGCUCAGGACCUGAGUUUGCUUCCCAGCACCCAUGUGGAGGUUCACAACCGCCCGGAACUCCAGGGGAUCCGGCGCCCUUUUUUGGCCUCCCAGGGUACCAGGCACACACAUUACACAGACACACAUGGAGGCCGAACACUCAGACACGUGAAAUGAUACAUUUUAAAAAGACUAUCUAGUCCAACCCUUAUAGGCUUCUUUUAAGCUUUUCUGAUGGGAAGAAACUUUACCCUGCCUGGCUCAAACAUUCAAACCAAUGGCAUUUCUAUUGUGAGCACGGGGUGAGACUCCAUUCUCCUUGGUGAUGCAGAAAGCCCAGCUGUUGAGAGGGAACACUGUUGUUCCUUGUAGUUUGCACAAAGCAAGCCCUGUUACUGUGUAUGGCUGUACUUCCUGAGAGAUCCCCUGGGAGUGAGUAUGGAAGGGGAUGGCUUUGUACUGUGAAAUGACUUACGGUGUAUGUUUGUCUUU